AUCUUGCUGUUUUCAGCAACACACUGCUUCUGUUCAUCUAAGAUUUUUGGCUUGUGGAUUUGUUUUCCUCUCCUUAUAUGCUUUUAGUAUGAGGGCCGGUCACACCUGGGAGUAAUACUCAGUCUGGUCCUUGCUGGGAUAUUUUUUGUGGCUUGCUGCUGAAAGAGUGGGCUGGUUCUCUGUCUUGGAGCGCAGGGAAGAAGAAGAAGUUCGCACUAGUUUUGCCUCCAAUCCAGUGGAGGUUUCAAUAGCAGCGGCGCGGCAGGGGAGGGACGCACUGCCAGCACUCGGGAUACCCACUCAUACACACUCGCGCACACUCUCACACACACUCCUGCCCACCAGAGACCAGUUCAAUCCACAAGAAAACUGCAAGCACGCACCAGAGCGGUCGUCUAAUCCGAUUGAUAGACACCAACAAUAGAAGUGAAAACUAAAGGAGGAGAUACUGGACACUGCAGAGGACAGCGCGUGUUUUUAUUAUUUUUAUUUUUAUUUUUGCAUAAAUCGCUUUAGUUUUAAAGCACUUUUGUAAGAGUUUUUUCUUUGAAAGAAAAACAGACACAAUUCUGCAGAUAACUUCGUCGAUUCAUAUUGCGAGAGGAUGAGGCAGUGUAAAGGUUGGAGUGUGGUGGUGCUGCUAGUACUGCUGGGGCUGGGAUCUGUGGCCCAGAAACUGCCUACGAGAGAUGAAGGUCUUUUUCAGAUGCAGAUCAGAGACAAGUCGCUAUUCCACGACUCCUCUGUCAUACCGGACGGAGCUGAGAUCAGUGGCUAUCUUUUCAGAGACACACCCAAAAGGUACUACUUUGUGGUGGAAGAAGACAACACACCCCUGUCUGUGACCGUGACACCUUGUGAUGCUCCUCUGGAGUGGAAACUCACUCUGCAGGAGCUGCCAGAAGACGCCAGCGGAGGAGGAUCAGGAGAGCCUGAACCUCUGGACCAACAGAAACAGCAGGUGACAGUAGAUGAAGGGACGGAGCUCUUCACCUACAAGGGCAAUGAUGUGGAGUCCUAUGUGGCCACAAGCACGCCUUCUGGUCUCUACCAACUUGAACUGCUGUCCACUGAGAAAGACAGCAACUUCAAGGUGUACGCAACCACGACUCCAGAGUCUGACCAGCCCUACCCAGAGCUGCCCUACGACCCCCGCGUGGAUGUCACUGCACUUGGCCGUACCACCGUCACACUGGCCUGGAAACCGACACCUACCGGCUUGCUGAUGGGCCAGCCUGUGCAGUACUGCGUAGUGAUCAACAAGGAGCACAAUUUCAAAAGCAUGUGUGCUGCCGAGGCUAAAAUCAGCACUGAUGAUGCAUUCAUGCUGGCUCCGAAGCCCGGCAGAGACUUUAGCCCGUUUGACUUUGUGCACUUUGGCUUUGACAAUGGUUUCGGCAAAGACCGGGGCCUCACAAGUAACAAGAUCUCACGGGCAUACGCAGCCAAGCCCAGGGUAUCAGACAUCCAGAAGGUGUGCAUUGGCAAUAAAAACAUAUUCACUGUGUCAGACCUGAAACCAGACACACAGUACUACUUUGAUGUGUUUGCAGUAAAUGCUGCUACCAACACCAGCACAGCAUAUGUGGGAACCUUUGCCCGCACUAAAGAGGAGGCUCGUCAGAAGACAGUUGAGCUGAAGGACGGCAAAGUAUCAGAGGUUUUCAUCAAAAGGAAGGGCAGCAAGUUCCUGCGCUUCGCUCCCGUGUCUUCCCACCAGAGGGUCACUCUUUUUGUACACACAUGUCUGGAUGCUGUGCAGGUGCAGGUGAGGCGAGAUGGCAAGCUGCUGCUCUCCCAGAACGUGGAGGGGAUACGGCAGUUCCAGCUACGGGGAAAGCCAAAAGCCAAAUACCUGAUCCGUUUCCGUGGCAGCAGAAAAGGAGCCUCCACUUUGAAGGUGCUUGCCAGCACCCGACCCAGCAGCAAACAGCCUUUCCCUUCACUUCCGGAGGAUACACGCAUCAAGGCCUUUGACAAGCUGCGCACCUGCUCCUCCGUCACUGUGGCCUGGCUGGGCACGCAGGACCGCAACAAAUACUGCAUUUACCGCAAGGAAGUGGCUGACAAUUACGGCGAGGAGCAGCGGCGCCGGGAACAAAAUCAAUGUGCUGGACCAGAGACCCGCAGGAAGUCAGAAAAGGUCCUAUGCAAGUACUUCCACAGCCCGAACCUGCAGAAAGCUGUGACCACAGAAACCAUCACAGGUCUGGAGCCAGGAAAGACCUACCUGCUGGACGUUUACGUGGUGGGACACAGUGGCCACUCAGUAAAAUACCAGAACAAACUGGUGAAAACAAGGAAAUACUGCUAAAAGACUCUGCAAAGAAUAAAUCUAUUAUAAAUAUAUAUAUAUUAAAUAAGUUUAUUUAACUCUAAGUGAUAUUCUACUAAGGAGUGUAUACAGACUGACUACUCACACAGCUGAUGGGCCCGUGGCAGGGACUGAACUGUUUGUAGAGAGAGAUUUCAACCUGUAUAUUUAUGUUUACAUUUCAUUGUGGCACGUCUGGGUGGCCCAUAGCGUGAGGUGCUUUGUUACCAGGCUUGUCAUCUUGACAUCAUGCUGCCACUGGGAGGGCAGAACUUCAAAGAAGAGCCCCUUUUUUCAUCUUCUCUGUUCCUUUGUUGCUGCAUGACUUUCGCUUUUGUCUGUCAUAUUUGUUGCAUCCUUCGGUUUCAGUGUGUCAAGGAGAUACAGUAGCUGCCCGCUUUGUAUAGAUCUGUCACCGCAUAUUCAUGACGCAUUUUAGGAGGAAUUUAAAUUAUUUUAUACUUUUCAUCUCUCUUUUUAAUUGUCUGUUUUAUUGAUGACAAUAGUAACUGUUACAAGAAAAUUCCAGUUUUAUGAGGAAGUUGUCGUAGCUCAGACAUUCCCGUGUGUAUCUCAGCCAGUGUUUGCUCUAGAGCCCAUCUUGUAAAUGUGUUCUGUGCUGGAGAUCUGUGUUAUUAUCACUGUAUCGCUGUGUAUGUGUGUGCGUGUGUAUGUGUGUGUGUGUGUGUGUCACAUGUACAGAGCUGUCCUGCCAAUAUUCAUGUACAUAAAGACUAAAUAUAGAACAUGUAAUCCCCGUGUCACCCUGGGUGUCAUGUUCUUUUGCCAAGCAGUUAACAUCCCAAUCAUGGCUCUCAGAGAAAGAGCUGAACAGCAUAUUGUGAUUAUAGACUCAGACAUCUAAAUCAGGGCUGCAUAAGCACAACCUAAUACUAAGAGGGAUUUUAACAUCAAAACACGACCCUCUAAAAGAUUUGCGACAGCAAAAGAACAACAACAGAUAAGAUAUAUGCUGUAAAUAAGCUUAAAAAGAAUAAAAAAACACCUCUUGAUAUCAUCACAAGUGGCUAAAUGAGGAAAUGAGCGUAUAUCCUAAUAGAUUUAGUUUCAAGUGUAUUUCUUGAUUUUUUCUGGAGAACAAUUUAUUGUCUUGAUGAUCUGCAAGAAGCCUGAUCUGAAUUUUUUUUUACCGGUGAGAGUAUGAACCAUCUGUAUCACGUGGUCCCCGUGUAAUCUGUAAUUUUAUAAAAAGAGUAUAAAUUAAAAAUCGUCACACAGUGUUGUCGUUCUGUACACUAGUGCCACUGUAAAUUAAAAAAAUGGAGAGAGCAUGCAGCUUGCUUUGCCAUCGGUCA